AUGCAAGACCUUCCCUCUCUGUGCUUCCUCAGCUUAUGCUAUCACUCCUUCCCACUCUCUCUGCUACUCAGCUCCUUUCUCCAAAUCCUCCAAAAGAAUAAUAAAAAAAAAAAAAAUCUCAUUCGGGCUAAGUCCAUGCUACUAUCUUCUUAUUCUUCACCGUUUGCGCCAUUAUACCUUUGGCUUCUACUUCGGCUGCCAAUUGGCUCUUGACAACACGUUCGCAUUUAGUUAGCACAAUUUACUCUGUUGCUUUCGGUAGUCCUUAUUGAAAUUAGGCAUAGUAGAAAAUGGAGAACGGUUGGAGCUGGGAGCAGAAACCACUGAUUGGUGAACUAAUACAGGGAAUGGAGCUAGUGAAACAGUUAAGGGUACAAUUUAGUACAACAUCGUCAUCACCCGAGACCGUAGAGACAUUGUUGCAGAGGAUAUUAGCUUCAUAUGAGAAGGCUCUUAUGAUUCUGAGAUGGAGUGGCUCGAUCGGACAGCCCCAGAUUGAAGGAGUAAUGGCAGGUGUACCCGGGUCUCCAAUUUCUGUCAACGGAAGUCUCGGGACCGAUGAAUUUGACAAGGGUAUCAAGGAUCAUCAGGGCACUGACGAUAUCUCAAAGAAGAGGAAGAUAUUGCCCAGAUGGACGGACCAUGUGAGAGUGAGAUCUGAGAAUGGGAUGGAAGGACCCCAUGAAGAUGGCUAUACUUGGAGAAAAUAUGGUCAGAAAGACAUCCUAGGAGCCAAAUAUCCCAGAAGCUACUAUAGAUGCACAUUGCGUAACUCUCAAAACUGCUGGGCGACAAAGCAAGUGCAAAGAUCAGAUGAUGACCCAAACGCAUUUGACAUCACGUACCGAGGAAGGCACACCUGUUCCCAUGCUACCAAUUUGGUUCCAGCAUCACCAUCACCAGAAAAGCAAGAACAGAAACAAUACAACAACAACAAUCAUAAUGAACAAGAGCGACCACUUGACAUCCUCAGAGACAUUCGAAGCAGUUUGAGGAUUGUCACUGAGGACUUGGACAGUAAAGAGAUAACAUAUCCCUUCUCUUUUCCUUCCACUUCUUUUGGAUGCAUGAAUAGUGAAAACAAUGGCUUUUCACUUUCAGCUCUCGACCGUAACACUCUCCUGGACUGUUUUUCCUCGCCAUUUUUAUCUCCAGCCACCCCUGAAUCAAACUACUUCGCAGUGUCCCCACUCGAGAAGAGCAACUUUGGAGGGGUUCACAACGAGCAUCAUUUUGAAUCGGAACUCACUAAGAUAAUCUCAGCCAAAGCUUCAGCCACCAGUUCCCCUGUUCUAGACUUGGAUUUCUCACUGCACCCAGUGGAAAUUGAGCCAAAUUUCCCAUUUGACUCUCAACCGUUUUUAUCUUAAUUCCCCUUGGGCUCUAAAUUAAGAACAAAAAUCCUUGUGUAAUGCAAUCUUGUUUAGACAGCUUGUUUCAUAAGGAUGGGAUGCUUGUAGAAUAUAUAGAUCCCCCUUUAGUUUUAGUUAUGAGAUAGAUACUGGUUAACAGGUUUUUUUUUUUCCCAAAAUCUUGCAUACGGUUCUUCUAGUUGGUUUUUAUACCAAUGAUACCAGUCCAAAACCAAAGAAUCCAUCCACUCUGGCAUUGCACCAUAACUUCCGCAGGAAAGCGUAGAUAGCAGUAACCAUGGGGGAUCAGGAUUUACAUGGAAUAUUAUGGCCCUCUAAGAAGCCGAAGGAAAACAUCAUCGAAGAAUGGUUUGUUUACCGGUUUUAUCUCCCAAAACCAAAAAGUUACACAAAAGUAAUAUCUUAUUCCAAUACAGCAAUGGCUUCAAGGGAAAAGAAAACUAUCUGAAAUCAUGAAGCAAUGAAAAACGCACAAACCACUAAAUGAGAAUACAAUAGAAACAGCAAUAAUGAAGAUAGAAAAUAAAAAUGAUUUAUUGGAGACUAAUUCUACGUCCAGAGAGAUUCUGUAAACGAACCAACAUCAGAUGACUUAACGUAUUGUUUAUUGUACAUCUAGUUGAGGCGACAAACCUCAACCACAAGCAAAAGCACAGCAGCUGAAGCCACUUGGGCUUAAUCUGGAGUGAAAAUAGGACAAUAAGAGGCGCCAAAUCUGCCAGAAUAGAGAAGAUUAUUGUAGAGAUUU